GUGACACUCUUUUCAGGAACCUGAUAUUUACACCUGGCUCAAAUCAGUUGCUGUUGUUGGAAAGAGAAACUCAGUUAUUUUUGAGAGCUGAAAUGGCACAGAGAAGAGAUUCCCAAGACCAAGAUAACUUGUCUUGUUCCAUCUGCUUAGAUCUACUGAAGGAUCCGGUGACUAUUCCCUGUGGACACAGCUACUGUAUGAACUGUAUUAAAAUCUCCUGGGAUGGAUUAUAUCAGAGAAGAUUACACAGCUGCCCUCAGUGCAGAGAGCCAUUUAGGCAGAGACCUAUGUUGAAGAAAAACAUCAUGUUAGCAACGUUGGUUGAAAAUUUGAAAAAGAUAGUUGCUGCAGCUGAUCACUGUUAUGCUGGACCUGAAGAUGUGACCUGUGAUGUCUGCACUGGGAGGAAGAUGAAAGCUGUCAAGUCCUGCUUAACGUGUUCAGCUUCUUACUGUGGGGAUCACCUCCAACCUCACUAUUAUACUCCACCAUUAAAAAAGCACAAGCUGGUGCAUCCAUCCCAGAAGCUCCAGGAGAACAUCUGCUCUCAUCAUGAUGAGGUGAUGAAGAUCUUCUGUCUUACUGAUCAGCAGUGUAUCUGUUAUCUCUGCACUAUGAAUGAACAUAAAUACCAUGAAACAGUCCCAGCUGCAGCAGAAAGGGCUGAGAAGCAGAAGAAGCUCCACGAGAGUCGACAACAAAUCCAUCAGAGAAUCCAGGACCAAGAGAAAGAUGUGAAGCUGCUUCAACAGGAGGUGGAGGCCAUCAAUGUCUCUGCUGAUAAAGCAGUGGAGGACAGUGAGAAGAUCUUCACUGAGCUGAUCCGUCUCCUCCAGGAAAGA